ACGAAGAAUCACAGAAAAGGGCAAACGCUCCUGCUAUGACUGAAAAACCUCUCCCUCACCUGAAUACUGUGUGAAACUGUGGGUGUUCUGCCUUCGUUAUGAGAGCACAAUUCUAAAGCUAACGGUGGCAGAAUUGACAGAUUCAGGUGAGCUGCGUACAGGUUGAAACUAUGGAGGACAGAGUGAUCCAAGGUGGAGCAAAAGAAAGGCGUGAUGGCCAGAACAGUGAGAAGCAUCAACAGGUCCUGCAGAAACUGAAGAAAUCAUUUCAACAGCAACAACCUCAUCAACAUUACCAGCAGCAUGUACAAGUUACUGACCGUGGGCAUCGGAUGCCACAUGGACCUCAGAAGCAACAUCAGGUGCAAUGUGCUAUGCAGCCGCAGCAACAACAGCAGCGUCAAGACCCUGAUGAAUCAACUCAACCAGAGCAUGAACAACCGUUGCCAAAACAAGAGCCUUUGCUGCACCCCAACCUGACUCCUGAACCAGCCGAAGGUACAAGUUUGAGGCAGUGCUCCAAGUGCAACAUGCUGGUACCCCUUGGAAUGCUACAUAGACACCUUGUGAACUGCCUGUCUACAUCGGACAUGAAGCUCAGUAAUGGACAUGCAGCCACAGACGGCCAACCAGGAAAUAUCUUCAUGUGCUUCCUGUGCUUGCUUCGGUUUGGGAGCGGUGAGGAGCUUACGGAGCAUGUUGAGAUGCAUAAGAGGGCGAGUUGGGCAGAAGGUAGCUGCCGUGUCUGUGGGGAAGUCUUUCAAGAUUCCAGUAACUUACUUCAGCACAUGGACACCAGUCACAGACACAUCAAGGCAUGUCCCUGUGGGGAAGUGUUCCCUGAUAAGCAAGUAUUCAGGCAGCAUCAGGCUUUCUGUAUGCCCGUUUUGAGAGAUCCCACUGCUGACACCAAACUCACCAAGUCAUACAAGUGUCGCCUAUGCCCUAAGAUAUUUGGGACAGUGCAGAGCCGCUUGCAGCAUGAACGCAUUCAUAGACGAAGCACUGGUGAUAGUCAUCAGACAACUUUUGAGAAACCGUGGAGCAACGUUCGACUUACCUGCAGCCUCUGUCAACAGGAAUUCAAUACAAAGGAGAACUUUCGUGCUCAUGUCAGGUCACACACUGGUGAGAAGCCUUAUGGAUGUCGUUAUUGCUGGAAGAGUUUCUCCAGUCUUCAAGGCAGAUGGCAGCAUGAGAGGAUACAUAAGAGAUUGAUGAAAACUACACAUACAGUACAUUGCAGUUGAAACUUAAUGUGGCAAUGGGAAAUUGUCUUCACACCUUUUCCCUUCCUUGGGCGUUCAUUUUUAUUUCACAAAAUGUGACAAAUUUUUUUCCACAGUGGGAAAAGAUUUUCUCUUCUUUUCACACAAAUAGGGAAAGAUAUUCACACCUUGUGAAAUAUGAAUGAAUGUAUUUGUUUCACAAGGUUUCCCCUUUCACACAAGUGAGAAAACAUUUUCGCACCUUGUGAAAUAACGUACAAGUGAUAUGUAUUUGUUUCGUAGGAUUUUACAACCCCAUCAAGAGUAUUGAUAUUCAAUUACAAUGCGGUGUACUGUGUCCAUGUACUGCAUCCACAAAAGGCUAUUACCUUCCAGGAAGGAUCUAUAGGACAUUUUACCAUGGAGGAAAAGAAGGAAGGAGUUACAACUCUAUGAUCGGAAUCUGGUUAGACGAACAAUAGUAAACAUUCCAAAAAUGCCUGAUUACUGCCUGCAGCUUAGCCAGACAAGUGGGGCCAGAAAUAUCCUAGCCAUAUUUGUGAUGUUUCCUUUACAAUUAAACUACAACUUAUCGCAAUGAACAGAAAAUAGUGAGAAAAAGUAUCUAACAUUAGAUAUUUGCUGUCACGAAUAAUUUUUGAAAUACUUUGAUUCACUUUUCCGUUAUCCAUGCAAUAUUUAUAAUUUUAUUUUGUCACUCCAAAAUAUCAGUUUUCAAAGUCUAUGUACGAAUUUGGCUAAGACUGGCCAAUAACAUGUUGACCACGACAGGACAGUUCACGAAAAACAAACUGCGCUGUUUCAUCACAAGGAGUGGUCAUGAGAUCUCAUAAAAUAACGUUCUGUGAACCUUUUUGUAAUAAAAUGAUCCAAAUAAAACACAACUUGGCUAUUUAUUUCUAAAAUAACUACAAAAAUAACUUAUGGUUGGGAAACAGGUGGAAACAGGUGGUGCGUAGCAAGCAUUCGCUGCACUCUGGCUAUGGACAUACCGGCCAUGCCAGACAUGCCAGAAAGUGGAAAUUAGCCAGAUGUUUUACAUAUACAUGUAGCCCCUGCAUUUCAAAUGCCUUCGAUGUCUUUCCUCCAUGAUUGUACAAAUCAUUCUAAGUACAUACAUACAUGUACCUCUCUGGGCAGGGGUAUAUUUAACAUGCAUACAUGUACCUGUGAUGAUCUGAUUAACUACCUGACUAUUGGUCCAAUGUACAGAUGAGUAGGAGCAUUUGUUUAUUUUGAAUUGGCAAUUGCCUUUUAUUUGUCCAGUGUUGUUGCAAAACAAAGAAAACGUGGACGAUACAAUUCCCUAUUAUGUCACUCUGUAUACUGUGGUACAUACGAAGCACAUUUCUAUGUUCAUCAAAUCAGUUCAUAUCAAAUAAUUUUUGGAUAUUCUUGAGCCUUUUCAAAUGUUAUCACUGUGUUCCUAUAUAUGCCUCGUGUGAUGGUUUUAAUCAUCAGAAGCAUAUAAACAUCCAUGAGAUCACCAAGUUCAGUGCUGCGCAGUGUACCUGUUAUUUGCAUGCCAAUCCCUUUUAGAUGUUAAUAAAUUUGUUAGACGGAAAAUUGUUUGCCAACUGUAUUGUUGUUUCAAGUUUAAUAGUUGGCCAGGUGUACUUGUCUAGCAGUGACAUGUUUCGUCUACAUGAGCAACAAGCAAAACAGAACGAAUAACAAACCAACACAAAUACCAAAGAAAGAAAGUUGAUUGAAGCUUUGUCAUAUGUACAGUUGAUGCUGCAAGAUAAGUCCAUGAUAUUGCAGUUUACAUUUUCAACCUGCUUUAUCAAGUUUCAAUUACAAUGUGUCUGUGAUGUUUUAUCGUCUGUUGAUUACAUACAUGUACAUGUACACUGUAAGGCUUUUGUUGUAGAGACUGCAGUGUAAGUUGAAAUGUUUAAGACCAUGUGUUCAAAAGUGUUUGCCAAGAGGCAACCAUAUCUAGUUUUGUUGCAUUAAAACAGUGAACUCUGAACUGA